AUGAUGUUUCAACUUUCAGAUUUAUUUUCUACUAUAAUGUCUUUAAACGAUAUUGAUUUAGACGACGAUAAAAAGAGAGGUGGCAAACUUUUAUGGGACGUUGCACGUGAUACAAUGGCCGACAAAGACACGAAAGAAUCAUUGCCGACCGAUUUAAACGUUGUUCUCGUUGUUGGUAGUCGCAGUGGUGGGAAAACGUCAAUGAUUUUAAAGUAUUUGGAACGAACGAACGAAACACCAAAAUCAACAGCUGCACUUGAAUACAAUUAUGCUAAAAAACCAAAAGGAAUUGAUACGAUGGGCAAGGAUGUUGGUCAUGUGUGGGAGUUAGGCGAUGGAACAUUUCUUAUCAAAUUAAUCGAUGUUGUUAUCACACCAGAAACUAUUGAUAAUGCAUCUAUUGUUCUUGUUCUUGAUUUAUCCCAACCCAAAGAGUUAUAUCAUACAUUUCAAACCGUUGUUGAGUAUUUAAUGAAGAGAAUAAAAACUUGUAUUAGUGACGCAGUAAAAAAGAAUGCUGCCGUUAAAGAUAAACUCAAAAAAGCAUUCGAAAGACGAUUAGGCGACUUUGAUAGAAAUCAAAUGGAUCCAAUGCGUAUUCCGUUCUUAAUUAUCGGUUCAAAAUAUGAUAUAUUUCAGACAUUUCCACCUGAAGAAAAGAAAAUUAUUAGUAAAACUCUCCGAUAUCUGGCAUGGUAUUAUGGAGCUACGCUGAUAUAUUACAGUGAAAAACAAGAAGCAGUUGUUCAUUUGAAAUCAAUGUUCAAUCAUUUCUUGUUCGAUACCGAAUUAUCGAACAAACCUCCACAACUUGAUUAUAACAAGCCAAUUUAUGUCAAAUGCGGAACGGAUACAUCAGAUCAAAUUGGACCUCCACCUAUUCCUGAAUAUGAACUGGGAGAUAUUCGCGAAAAAUCACCAACAGCUGUAUGGCGUGCUGCGUUUUGCAAACACUUUCCGCAAGAGGUUGAACAACGUGAUCCAACCUUGUUAAAGGACUAUGGAAAUGAUCCGCAGUACGCUGAUCAAGCAGUAGAUGCUAUGAAAGAACAGAAGAUGGCUGUAAGAUAUGACUAA